AUGCCUGGUGAAUCUGUGAACUCCGCCGGAACGAAAGCACACGACGCCGGCGACUUCAAACAAGUAAACGCAAUGGUGAGUCCGACAGCGACCAAGGUAGCAUCAGACAUGGCAGAAAAAGUUUCGGUCCAGAGCAGCGAAUACAAGUCUUUUGCGGGGGAGACCACCCGCUUUGGGAAAAUCGUGGACUCGUUCAGAAGAGCGCCCAGCUCCCCGAGCUCCAAUAUGGAUGCGGAAGCUGGUAAGAAUUGCCCCGAGGGCAAAGAAUCGAACCUAAGGCAGACCAUCAAGACAAGGCACGUUAUCAUGAUGUCGUUAGGUACCGGUAUUGGAACGGGAAUGCUGGUCGGCAACGGUAAAGCUCUGCAUAACGGUGGACCUGCAGGUCUUGUCAUUGGGUACGCAAUUAUUGGGACGUGCGUGUACUGUAUUAUUCAAGCCGCCGGCGAGCUUGCUGUAGCCUACGCUACUCUUAAUGGUGGUUUCAACGCGUACCCAUCGAUAUUAGUCGACCCUGGUCUGAAUUUUGCCGUCGCAUGGGUUUACUGUUUGCAAUGGCUUGUGGUUAUGCCGCUUGAGCUGGUCACCGCUUCUAUCACCAUCAAAUACUGGACUACUUCGGUGAACCCAGACGCCUUUGUUGCGAUCUUCUACGUGCUGUUGAUCGCGAUCAACAUCUUCGGCGCUCGUGGGUACGCUGAAGCCGAGUUUUUCUUCAACAUGUGCAAGGUUCUCAUGAUAGCUGGAUUUUUCAUUCUUGGUAUCAUUGUUAACUGCGGAGGUGCUGGUAACGGUGGAUAUUUGGGAGGAAAGUACUGGCACGACCCAGGCGCUUUCAAUGGAGAUCGCGGCAUCGAUCAUUUAAAAGGCAUUGUGGCCACAAUGGUGACAGCCGCUUUUGCAUUUGGUGCCACUGAGUUUAUUGCAUUGACAGCAGCCGAGCAAGCUAACCCAAGGCGUGCCAUCCCGUCUGCCGCCAAAAAAGUGCUUUACAGAAUCUUGGUCAUUUUCCUGGGUUCGAUCGUAUUGAUAGGUGUCCUAGUGCCUUACAACUCUGACGAGCUAAUGGGCUCCGGCAGCUCUGCUACACAUGCGUCGCCUUACGUUAUUGCCAUUGCAUCACAUGGUGUGCGUGUUGUCCCACACUUCAUAAACGCAGUGAUCUUGCUCUCCGUUCUGUCAGUGGGAAAUUCGGCGUACUACAGUUCCUCGCGUCUGCUUUUGUCGCUCGCGGAACAGGGCUACGCGCCUUCCUUCCUCACUUACGUCGACAGAGCAGGAAGACCACUCAUGGCCAUGAUCGUGGGGGCCGUAAUUGGUCUGAUCUCGUUUGUCGCUGCGUCGCCUAAAGAAGAGACCGUUUUCACCUGGCUUUUGGCCAUUUCGGGUCUAUCGCAGCUUUUCACCUGGAUAUCCAUCUGUCUGUCCCACGUAAGGUUCAGAAGAGCUCUCAAGGUGCAAGGAAGAUCGACUGGCGAGCUGGGCUACAUGUCGCAGACGGGCGUCUACGGGUCGUGGUAUGCGGUGAUCAUGAUGUCGCUGGUGCUUAUUGGCCAGUUUUGGAUCGCUAUCAAGCCCGUGGGCUCGAGCAAACUGGACGUUAACUCGUUUUUCGAGAACUACCUGGCAGUGUUAAUUCUGAUGGCUCUGUAUUUCGGCUACAAGCUAAUAACGAAGGAUUGGAGACUGUUUAUCCGCGCCGAGCACAUCGAUCUAAUUUCACACAGAAAGAUCUUCGACGAGGACCUGCUAAAGCAAGAAGACGCAGAAUACAAGGCCAAAGUGAGAUCUGCCGGCUGGCUAAGAAGAGUGGCCGAAAUAUGGUGUUAG